GAGGGCGGCGCUGAUUGGCUGCCGGUGCGGCUAUAUAAGGGCGGCGCAGGCGGUGCCCGGAUCUCUUCCGCCGCCAUUUUCUCGCCCGCGCAGGUCUCUGCUGUCUCCGCCGCUCGUUUGAGCAGUUCCGCCACCCUCGCCCCGCCAUGGAGGACGCGACUGAGAUGAGUGGUGGCCCGGAGGAGUUCGCCGAGGGCUCCAAGAUCAAUGCGAGCAAGAACCAGCAGGACGACGGGAAAAUGUUUAUUGGAGGCCUCAGCUGGGACACCAGCAAGAAAGACUUGACAGAGUAUCUCUCUCGAUUUGGUGAGGUUGUGGAUUGUACGAUUAAAACAGACCCAGUCACUGGGAGGUCGAGGGGGUUUGGGUUCGUGCUCUUCAAGGACGCUGCCAGUGUGGAGAAGGUGUUGGAACUCAAGGAACACAAACUGGAUGGGAAACUAAUAGAUCCUAAAAGGGCAAAAGCUCUAAAAGGGAAGGAGCCACCAAAAAAAGUGUUUGUUGGUGGGUUGAGUCCAGAUACAUCUGAAGAACAGAUUAAGGAGUACUUUGGCGCUUUUGGCGAGAUUGAAAACAUUGAGCUUCCCAUGGACACAAAGACAAAUGAAAGGAGGGGCUUCUGUUUUAUCACGUACACAGAUGAAGAGCCAGUAAAGAAGUUACUAGAAAGCAGAUACCAUCAAAUUGGUUCAGGCAAGUGUGAGAUCAAAGUAGCACAGCCUAAAGAGGUAUACAGGCAGCAGCAGCAGCAGCAGAAAGGAGGAAAAAGCAAUGCGGCUGGUGGACGAGGAGGUGGAAGGGGGCGUGGACGGGGUCAGGGACAAAACUGGAAUCAAGGAUUUAAUAACUACUAUGAUCAAGGAUAUGGAAACUACAAUAGUGCUUACAGUGAUCAAAGCUACAGUGGCUAUGGAGGAUAUGAUUACUCUGGGUACAACUAUCCCAAUUAUGGAUAUGGGCCAGGAUACACGGAUUACAGUGGUCAACAAAGCACAUAUGGAAAGGCAUCUCGUGGUGGCGGCAAUCACCAAAACAACUACCAGCCGUACUAAAGCAGUACCUAUACUUGAGGAAACAGCGGGAACUUCAUUGCAGGCCGUGUGUCACCCUGACCACGUCUAUCUCUGGGGUCGCACGUUGCAGGCAGAGCGCAAGGCAUACACCAGAAAACGCUGUCCUGUGGUAUGGUCUCUUCCAACUUCAUGUACCAGCGUAAAGAUUAAAGUGGAAAACUUCAGACUUUGGCUUCUUUUUUUUAAUCUUUUUGGAGAUUAAGUGUCUUAACUUAAAUGGUUUUUUACAGGAGUUAAAGUACAUAAAUGCCUUUACAGCUUAAUCAUUUGGUCUUCUGUUUAGUGUUGUAUUUCAAUUGUGGAACCUCAUUUUAAGUGUGCAUUCUUUAAGAUUUAAUGCUUGCUUUUUUCUUUUUAUAGCUAAUAGUGAAAUCUGCAAACCAAAACGAACUUUUAAAUCUGGAAAAACAUUAAAGAUCAUAUGCACGUGUACCAAACUAAAUUGGCCUGACUCGUGUUUGCACAGCAGUCAUUUAGAUGGAUAAACAAAUAAUUGGAAACCCUUUUGGCAGUCUUUCCAGUGGAAAAAAACUGAUCCAGAGCCUGAUUAAUAGUCUAAAUUGGAUGUGUUUUUGUUCUGGAACAGCUUCCUAAAUGGGCUGAAUGGCUAUAUUUGGGAAGAUAAAUUACUGAUGGGUAACAAAACCUCUUGUGUUACCUUAAUAAAUAUGCAUAUGAUCUUUAACAAUGAAGAAAGGAAUAUAUAGAAGACUUAAAGCAGUUCAUGAAAAUGGACCUUUUAACGAUUCUUGUAGUAACUUGCACAGAUCUAACAAACAUUUUUUCUUGGUUUUUAGGUAGAGAUACUGCAACAAAGCCAUCUUGCAGCGCAUCGUGAGUGAAUGGAGGGUGGUCUCCGUGAGAGGAAAUGACUAUUUUGUAAAAGACUUUUAGUGUACGACACAACUGUGUCCAACUGUACAUAGCAGCUGACUAGUUUUCUUUUAUGGUUUUUACUUUCUUUUUGCCAUUCAUGUUAUGACACAAUGUGGACUUGUGUUUAUACAAACUUUAUUUGUAUAAUUUCAUGUUAAAGGAUUCUCUAAUAAAUGCUUACUUAAAUGAA